AUGAUCAAAAAUAGAGGUUCAUCAUCUAAUAAAACAACCAAUCCAUUCGCUCUUUAAAUGUAAGACGAAGCAAAAAAAAUGGUAAGAAUAACUAUAUCCUUAGGCAGAUAAGUUAGCCAAACUUAAACAAAAUUUGAAUUCAUAAAAAAUGGAACGAUCAUAAAUAAGCAAAUAAUCAGGAGAUAUGACAGAAAGCUCUAGAUGGCAAAAUAAUACUACUAAUAAUAAUCAAAGUAAAUUCAACUAUUAAUCAAGUACUUAAGGAUAGACCUCCUUCAAAUAAGUCAGAACCUAUUGAAUCAUUUUUGAAAUCAAUCAAAUUAGAUACUUAUGUCUAAAAAUUUAAAGAAAAUGGAUUUGAAGAGUUAGAUAUACUUUUUGAUAUUUAAAAAGAAUAACUAUAACAAAUGGAAAUACCAUUAGGACAUUAAAUUCGAUUAAUGAAAAAAAUUAGAGAACUUAAAUAAACUACAGAAGUAAACGAAAUAGAUAUUCAAAGUGAAUCUAAAUAUGACUAAUUAGAAGGUAUAAUAAUUCAAUUAAACUAGAACCAUAAAUUGAUUUAAGUUUCACUAAACCCAUCAAAAGAUCUAAUCUGCAAAAAGAAAGAAAAUCAAGUGCUAAGAAAGUCACAUUUCAAUAAAAUGAUAAAAAAGAUGAUUAUUCAAGCAUCCAAUAAUCUUUACAUUCAUCAUAUCUCUUAAAUUAACUAGAAGACAUUUCUAAUUAUUUACAUGAAAAUCAUAUUGGAGAAUAAUCAGAUAUAAGCAUACAAUUCAAUUCAGAAUAAAAUUAAUAAGAUAACAAUAAUUUUAGUUCAAUAUCGGUCUCUAAAUAAAAACCUUAUGAUGAAAAGAAUGUCGCCAAUUUAAGAAUUAAAAAGGUUGCUUGUUGGAAUUGCUUUAAACUACUUGUCAAAGAUUAUCUUCUAAUAGAUAGUAACGAAUUUUGCAAUCAAGAAUGUUAUCGAAAAUAUAACCAUUUAUAUCUUGUAAGCAUUUAAUUUUAUUUAAGACUUAAUGCGUAGGUUGUAAUCAAUAAUUUGAUAUUAGAAAUGGAAUAAUACUCAAUGGAUGUAGUUUUUGUAAUCAGUAGUGUUCUUAGAAAUAUGAUUUCUAAAUUAUGAAGGAUAAUAAUGAGGAAAUUCAAAAAUAAUUCUUAAAUUUCAAAGGCAAAGAGUAAUAAGAGCGAUUCGAAAUUUAAAAUGGAGAUGUUGAUUUAAAUUUUGAUUGA